CUCAGACCCCGCCUGCUGCAGGAGAACGACCUGGAUACGCUCCACAUGUCCUGUUUAAACAAGUCAGCUUUCUCUUAACUCACACGGGAGGGGAAGGCUAGUGAAGUGUCAUCUUACAUCCUGUGAUCAGACUGCUGUAAACUGGGAGGCAGCAACACUGAAUGGACAAAACAUGGGGUCAGAUGAGGCUUACAACUUUGUCUUUAAGGUGGUUUUAAUAGGAGAGUCUGGUGUAGGAAAGAGCAAUUUGUUGUCCCGCUUCACCAAAAAUGAAUUUAACCAUGACAGUCGCACAACCAUCGGGGUGGAGUUCAGCACACGGACAGUGCAGCUCAACAACUUCACCAUCAAAGCUCAGAUCUGGGACACUGCUGGGCUGGAGCGAUACCGGGCCAUCACAUCUGCGUAUUACAGAGGUGCUGUUGGAGCCCUGCUGGUCUAUGACAUCACCAAACACCUCACCUACGAGAGUGUGGAGCGCUGGCUAAAGGAGCUUUAUGAACAUGCUGACCCCCACAUUGUGGUAAUGCUCAUAGGCAACAAGAGUGACCUGGAGUCAGAGAGAUCAGUGCCCACUGAGGAGGCCAAAGACUUUGCAGAGAAGAAAGGCCUUUUAUUCCUGGAAACCUCAGCCUUGGAUUCUACAAAUGUAGAAGCAGCAUUUACCACUGUCUUAGCAGAGAUUCACAAGAAGGUAAGCAGUAAGGAAGUGGUCCGAGGCCCCAUGAGUGCAGUUACCCUGAACAGCCCAAAAGCAGAAGACACAGAGAAGAAGCCCUGCUGCAAGAACAUUUGACCCCACCAUCCUUCAGGACUCGGGCCUCACGGUGGGGGACUCCUCCUUGUGCCCCGAGCCGGAAUUUGAUGGAGGCAACCUCAGGCACCAGUAUAAAAGCUUCUGGCUUGAAUGCUGCAACUUUGAAUUGACUGAUUUAAGAGUGGUACAGCCGGCAUGGUGGUAAGAUGCAUUCAAACAACAGUUGAAAAUGUGAACAGAUGGAGCUGGAAACCACCAGCAGUCUUUUAAGUUUCUUAUUCACUACUGAACAAAGGUCAAAGGUGAAACUAAACUGUGUUACCUAUCAGAUUAUUUAUAAUCCAUUCAGGGAAUUGAAGACACAUCAUAGUGUGUAUGAUGUCUAAAAUAUGAGGAUACAUGUUUCAAUGUUUUUUCUUAUAAUCAGCAGCUUGACUGGUGGAAAUGUUUGUAUUCAUUGUGAGUGUUGCUGUCACUGCUGAGCGUGUGCUCCAGCUGAUUAUCUAUGAUGAGACUGAUUACAUAUCUGUUAAGAAAUAAAUGGAGACAAAUUACCCACUUUG